AGACGUUGUUCCAAGGUAGAGAGGUGCUGAAUGCUUGCAAAUAAAUCUCCCAUUGCUGGCAGAAUAAUUGGACUAAUUAAGUGGAAGACAGGAACGCCUUUCAAUGCCUCCAAAAUUAAGUCGGGUCAUCCGCUUAACAUCUUAGCAACUAUUCCUGCCACUCUACCAGAUUCCUCAUCCCCCCAACUUCUGAAGAAGGUUUCAAGCAGGGACUUGGAAGGGUAUUUCUCCUACCCCCGGAUCCUCUCUUUGGAGGGGGAUGAAGCGAGAACGACAUUUGCCAACCUCCUUAUUUCUCAAUCUGGUGCAUGUUUGCCUGGUUCAGGCAAAUUACGCACCCUAUUUCUUUGACAAUGGAGCCAGCAGCAAUAAUGGGAAUAUGGCCCUCUUCAGCCUCUCAGAAGAUACAGCUGUGGGUACGCAUGUGUAUACACUAAAUGGAACCGAUCCAGAAGGAGAUCCGAUAACCUAUGGCAUGACCUUCGAGGCCGGAGCAAAAAAAUACUUUGCUGUGGAUGAAAACUAUGGAAAUGUUACCCUGAUUGCAGAGCUUGAUCGAGAGACACAAGAUGAGAUCGAAGCGGUGGUUAAUAUUUCCGAUGGCUUAAGCACAGUGGCUGAGAAGGUCAGAAUCGUUAUAACAGAUGCAAAUGAUGAGAAACCGGAAUUCAUCAACACACCUUACAUCGUUCAAGUCCAAGAGAACACGCCGGCUGGGAGCAGCAUCUUUAAAAUCGAAGCAGUGGACAGAGACACAGGCUCAGGAGGCAGCAUCAACUAUUUCUUGCAGAAUAUCCAUACAAAUAAAUUUACCAUAGAUCGUCACAGCGGCGUCCUUCGCAUCAAAACAGGGAUCAACCUCGACUACGAAAAAGCAAGAACUUUUUUUGUGACUGCAGUGGCUAAGGAUGGUGGUGGAAAGCUUCAUGGGAAUCACAAGGUGUUUUCAGCCACAACUACCAUCACAAUCAAUGUUGAGGAUAUUCAAGACACACCACCAAUUUUUGUGGGCACACCCUACUAUGGGUAUGUGUAUGAGGACACACUGGUGGGAUCGGAAAUUAUAACUGUGGUUGCCAUUGACGGAGACAGGGGGAAACCUAAUGACAUAUAUUACAGCAUUGUGAAUGGAAGUGAAGAUUCAUUUGAAAUAAAUAAUGCAACGGGAGCUAUUUCUGUUGUUAAAAACCCAACUAAACUGAAGAAAGAAGUAUAUGAAUUGAAAGUCCAGGCUUCUGAAAUUGGUUCGGAAGACAACGAGACUGCUCAUGCAUCUACCACGGUCAUCAUCAGAGUGGUAGACCUUAACAAUCACCCACCGACCUUCUAUGGAGAAAAUGGACCACAGAACCAAUUUGAGCUGACCAUCUAUGAGCACCCACUGGAAGGUGAAACCUUGAGGGGCCUCAAAAUUAUGGUCAAUGACUCAGAUCAGGCUUCUGAAAUUGGUUCGGAAGACAACGAGACUGCUCAUGCAUCUACCACGGUCAUCAUCAGAGUGGUAGACCUUAACAAUCACCCACCGACCUUCUAUGGAGAAAAUGGACCACAGAACCAAUUUGAGCUGACCAUCUAUGAGCACCCACUGGAAGGUGAAACCUUGAGGGGCCUCAAAAUUAUGGUCAAUGACUCAGAUCAGCUUCUUGCAGUAGAAGUGAACACCCCUGAGAAGUUUAGUUCAACGGCUGAUAUUGUGAUCCAUCUCCUGGACACGAAUGAUAACAUCCCCCAAUUUUCAUCUGAGUACUACAUUGCCAAGAUUCCAGAGAAUUCUCCCGGGGGUUCCAAUGUAGUUGCUGUAACGGCAAUUGACCCAGAUUCAGGCCUCUGGGGUGAAUUAAAAUACUCAAUUUACGGAACAGGAACAGAUCUCUUUCUGAUCCAUCCAUCUACUGGGAUUAUCUACACUCAGCCAUGGGCCAUCCUAGAUGCAGAAGUCGAUUCUAAGUACCAUUUUUUUGUGAAGGCAGAAGAUAUAGAAGAAAAGCAUAGUUUGGCUGAAGUCUUCAUCACUGUCCUUGAUGUCAAUGAUCAUUCUCCAGAGUUCAGUGAGAACAUUCAGGAAAAAACUAUGAUUAUUGGAUCCCCAGUAAAAGUUGAGGCAAUAGAUCAAGAUGCAGAAGAACCCAAUAACAUUGUGGACUACGCCAUUAUGCAGACUGAUCCGGCCGAUGUGUUUGAUAUUGAUCAAAGCUCUGGAGAAAUUAAACUGAAAUCUUACAUACGAUCCUUGGAUGUCAUUCACAACAUCACCAAGAACAAAGAUUGCAUUUGGUCAGUCAUCAUCCAAGCAAAGGAUCGAGGAUCUCCAUCAUUUAGCACCACGGCUGUUCUGAAACUUGGCAUCAGAGAAGAGGCUCAUCACACAGGACCAAUGGCUGCCUUUCUGAUGCAGACUAAAGACAACCCAAUGAAGGCCAUAGGAGUCCUGGCGGGCCUGAUGGGAAUCAUGGUGAUGAUCAUCCUUUUCAUCUCCACCGCCAUGUUCUGGCGCAAUAAAAGGUCUCCCAGGAUCAUGCCGGCACGACGGAUCAUCAAAAAAAGGCCAAAUUAUCAACCUCGGACCAUUAGGAUGGAAUGGCUGAGCUUCAAGAAGUCCUCUAGCAAGGCUGCGGAGAAAUUUACGGUCAAGGAAGACACCGUCAGUUUGCAGAACGAGAACUGCAACAACAGUUCCCUGAUGCCGUCUCUACCGCCCCCACCACCGUCUGUGCCGAUCCCGUCACAAGCACCUCUCUUCAAGAUCCAGGAACCCACCUGGAAAUUGUCCACGGUUUCAGGAUCCCUGAGCCCUAAGUUCGUAAAUAAGCAGGCAAGGAAAAAGGGAGCUCUCUUCGCACCCGACACACCUCUGGUAUCUGAGCUCAAGCAGAGAUUGGAGAUGAGAAAUUCAGUGGUCGGUCAGCCUCACAUUUAACGCAAAGCGGUGUGGGGAGUACAACUUUGUGUAUUAUUCCAAGACCACGGUGUGAUCUCUCAUUUUGCAUUCUGUACUGUUUUCCCAUUGUCCCGGAAGCCCUAAGCCCUGGUGAUCUCAUAUCAGUGUUUCACUUUGAUCUGAUUGGAUGCAUGCCAUGCCUUAUCCUCUUUGCUUUGCAAUUGUUUCUCCUUUUUAAGGUUGUGAUAGUGUCUCGUGCAGAUUUGUUACCUUUUUCAAUCCAAAUUACUCAGCCAAAAAAAUAAAAAAAGAUAUUUUUUUUGCUGUACCCAGAGAAAUGUAUGCCGAUUCUGGCCAAUCGUAUUUAAGGUUUUCCAGUGAUGUAAAAAAAACAAAUCAG